UGCUUAACUUCGAAUUGAAGAAAGGAGGGAGAGAGAGAGAGAGAGAGAGAGAGAAUCGUCACUUUGCACAGGGACAAAAACCACCGCAGUAGUUAUAAAAGCUAUCACCAUUGCUUAGAGAGAGAGAGAGAAAAACUUCAAACAUCAAGAAAAAGCCCAAAAACCAGUUCAAUUCAACUAUUUUUCUUUUUAAACUGUUUUCAGGAGAUUGAAGAACUAAGAGUUUAGGUAAUAAAUCAUAUAUGUCCUUCAACCAGGCUAGGGCUGAAAGGAGUGAGUCACACUACAGGAGACCUGGUCGACCCGGAAACUCAGUUUACCAAAGGGUUUCAUCAGGUGGUGUAGGAAAGGGCGGCGGUGGGACGGGCCUUCCACCUGCUUCUGCCAAUUCCCAAUCUUCAACGAAUCGGAGCUUGAAGAAGUCUAAUGGACAAUGGGCACAGUCAAGGGUUACUGUUACGAGUGCAAAUUCAGAGUCCAGUGCCGUGCACAAUGGUGCCCGUGCACAACCCUCAUUACAGGGGGCAUCUAAUGCUCUGUUUACAGAUGCAUCUGCCAAAUCUACUGAUAUGCAUAAUCAGAGAAGUCAUCAAACUGCUUCCAGUGCUCCAACUUCUGCAUCUGCAUCUGGAACUUCAGAAUCAACUGCCCCCACAACCCCCGUAAGAGCUGACACAUCUAAGGGAGUUUCUCUUCAAUUUGGGAGCUUUUCACCAAAUAUAGUGAGUGCAAUGCAGAUACCUGCUCGAACCAGUUCAGCUCCUCCAAACUUGCAUGAACAGAAGUGUGAUCAGGCACGCCAUGAUUCCUUUAGAUCAGACCCACUGUUAGCAACUUCUAUUUCUAAUCGGCAACAACCGAGGGAAGAUGUCGAGCAGUCCAAGAGUACAGUUCCUCAUCCUCCAUCUUCUGACAAAAGGGGUGUUCGUGCGCAAGCUUCGGCUUACAGUGGUGCUACCAGUGCAAAGAAUUCAUCUACUCCUCUUUCUGGGGCAUCUAUGGCUAUUCCAUUUCAUCAGUCACGGGUUGUACAAUUUGGUGUCCCCGCUCCACAAAUCCAGGCUCAGGGAAUGGCAACUACUUCACUACAGAUGUCAAUGCAGCAACAGGUGUUUGUUCCAAGUUUCCAAGCCCCUCCUUCGCAGCCACAGGGCAUGAUGCAUCAAGGUCAGGGGUUGAACUUUCCCCCUCAAGUUGGUCACCAGAUCAGCUCCCAGAUGGGCGACUUGGUCAUUGGGAUGGGGUCCCACUUUGCACAGCAGCAGCCUAGAAAGCUUGGUGCUCCUCGCAUAUCCAUAAAGAUUAUUGAUCCUAAAACUCAUGAAGAGUUGAGACUUGAUAAAAGGGCUGAUACAGAUUUGGAUGGUGGAUUGUCUGGCCAAGGGUCACAUCCUAACAUGCCCCUCCAACCACAGCCUAUUGUUUAUGGUCCCUCGCAUCAGGUCAACUACUUUUCUCAUAUUCAUCCCAAUUCUGUGUUCUUUCAAAAUCCAGCUUCACUUUCUUUAACAAGCACCGCCCAGAUGGCUCCUAAUUCUCAGGCAUCGGUGAUUAAUUAUGUGGGUGGGCAGGGUUCACAUGUUUUAGCUUUUAAAAACCCUUCCCUUCUUAAUCAUUCCUCUGCUUAUAAGACUGGCCCACCAAUGCAUGGGAUGGCUGUCUCAUCGAACUUGGAACCUGGUCGCAGGGCUGAGACAUUAAUUUCUGCUGCAUCUUCAGUCUCAGAACAGGUGGCAGUAAAACCUGCUGCUCGUUCCCUUGAAGACAGGGUUGUGCCAGCUUCAGUUUUAGUUAGCUCAAAUGCUGAUAACACGAGUGAGGUGAUGACGUUAUUUAGAUCUCACAUGGCAACACAGUCAUUGCAUUCUCAAGGGGACUCAAAGAUUCAUCUGGAAAUCUCUGUUCAACAGUCUAAAUCUAUUUCAGUUCCAUCAUCUCCCGGGAGAACAGAAACUGUUAGAAGGGUAGAUUCUAUAGAGGAUCAGUUGAAACCACCUCAGAAGAAAGAUCAACACCACUUCCAAAUGCAGCAACAGGCAGAUAUCUCAGAUUCAGCUGAUUGUUCGGCUAUGAAGGCAUACAAAGAAGUGGCUAAAUGUACUGAAAAUAAGCAGGCUCUUUCAGAGAAAGUUGAACCAUCUGCUUCUGUUUUAGCGGACCCUUUGUCGGGAUUAGAACAUAUAACUUCUGCCAGCAACAAAAUUUCAGAGACUCUGGAAUCUGAAGCAACUCGUGCUUCAUCAGAAACUUUUCAAGAUGUUGCUGUAUCCACUGUGGAAGCCUUGCCUGGUGGUGUUGCAUGUGUUUCUGUUGCUUCAGUAGAAGGGACUGAUAGUGUUCAAGUUGUGGAGGGCUGCGUUUGCGAAACAUCAAACAAGUCAAGCGGGGAAAUUGUUUUUGAUGAGCUUAAUGGUGUUAGUAGUGCAAAACAGGAUGAUUGUACUUCAUUGGACAUUCAACUGAAAAAUGAAAAUACGGGAUUAGCAGAACAGAUGAAAACUGAAGAGUCUAAGCAUCCUCAACUAGAUAAUAACUAUAGUGAUGAUAGGGUCAAUAUUACUGCAGUUUUGCCUUCAAAUACCAGUGAUCACUGCAAGAACUUGGACAUUACACAAUCAGCCUUCUGCAACAAGCUUGGGCCCGUGGAAACUGAACAGAAUAUAUUGGAAGGAGAGUUGGGGUGUGGUAGCAUAGUAAAUGAGAAAACAGACAAUAACACAGGGAGGUCUACUGCUUUUGCAGACUGCUGUGAUUCUGAUGUUGGCGCUCACACUAUUGUUUCAUCUUCUAGUGAAGUUACACCUUCAACUUUGGAGGGCACAAUAGGUAAGAGUGGGUUCAUGGAUGGCCGAGAAGCUUCCCUUUUGGAAUCUGGGUUGGCACGUGAUGAUACUGCUCACAUUCCAAUUCCGUCAGCCUCAGAUUCUAUUUUGAAAGUUUCUGAGGAAGAAAAUGGUGACUUGGUUCAGUUUCCAUCAACAGGAUGGAAGGAUAAUAAGCACACUGUGGAACUGAAUAAGAUGAAAAGUACCACUGCUAAGGUCAAGAAAACGAGAAAAGAAAUCUGUCAGAAAGCAGAUUUAGCUGGGACAACCUCUGAUCUUUAUAUGGCAUAUAAAGGUCCAGAGGAGAAGCCACAGCCUUCUGUUUCUUCAGAAAGUGUUGACAGCAAUCCUACCAUUAGUAUGAGGGAGCCACACUCAGGUUCUAAUGAAGAGGAUAUUGCAUGCAAGGAACAUGUGAAGAGUAUAGCUGAACCAGAUGACUGGGAAGAUGCUGCUGAUAUGUCAUUGGCAAAACUAGAAAAUUCUGACAAGGUAGAAGAGACAAAUGGUGGAUUGACACAUCAUGAGGAUGAUGGAGCUGCUUGCAAGAAGUAUUCUAGAGAUUUUCUGCUGACACUUAAAGACCGAUGCGUUGAUCUUCCUGCUGGUUUUGACAUUGCUUAUGAUAUGGUGGAGGCUCUUAUGGGUAGUAAACUCAGUAUCUCAAAAAGUGCUGAACGUAUUCCACCUCCAAGUUCUGGAAGAGUUAAUGAUAGACCCAUUGUGGUGUCCAGGCCUGACUUCCGUGGGGCUGGAAUGGUAAAUGAUGACAGGUGGCUGAAGUCACCCAUUCCGUUUCCAUUUAAUCAGGACCAUCAUGUUGAUAUGGGUCAAGUGGGCAAUAUUGUAGGUUUUCGGCUUGGCCAAGGGGGAUCCCAUGGCAUUAUGAGGAACCUACGUGGGCAGAUACCUGGUCAUUAUAUUGUUGGGCUUCAGUCUGGUCCUUUGCUUCCCCUGGAAUCUCAUGGAGGUAUUCAACGUAAUGGCCCUAAUGCUGACAGGUGGCAACGUGCUUCUGGUUUCCAGAAGGGUCUGAUUCCUUCUCCUCAGUCUCCAAUGCAGGUUAUUCACAAAGCUGCAAAUAAAUAUGAAGUGGGCAAAGUGACUGACGCUGAAGCGGCAAAACAGAGGCAAUUGAAAGCUAUCCUCAACAAACUAACCCCUCAAAACUUUGACAGGCUAUUUGAGCAAGUGAAGGAGGUUAAUAUUGACAAUGCAGUCACUCUUACUGGUGUCAUUUCACAGAUAUUUGAUAAAGCUCUUAUGGAACCAACAUUCUGUGAGAUGUAUGCAAAUUUUUGUCAUGAUCUUGCUGGUGAACUGCCUGAUUUUGUUGAGGACAACGAGAAAAUCACCUUUAAGAGAUUGCUUUUGAAUAAAUGCCAAGAGGAGUUUGAGAGAGGUGAAAGAGAACAAGCAGAAGCUGACAAAGUGGACGGGGAUGGAAAGGUGAAGCAGUCUGCAGUAGAAAGAGAGGAGAAGAGGGUCCAGGCUCGAAGACGGAUGUUAGGGAAUAUUAGACUGAUUGGGGAACUGUACAAGAAGAGGAUGUUAACGGAGAGAAUAAUGCACGAGUGCAUACAAAAAUUGCUGGGUCAGUAUCCAAAUCCAGAAGAGGAAGAUAUUGAAGCUUUGUGCAAGCUAAUGAGCACAAUAGGAGAGAUGAUAGAUCAUCCAAAAGCCAAGGAACAUAUGGAUGUGUAUUUUGAAACGAUGACGAAUUUAUCAACUAACAUGAAAUUAUCUUCUAGGGUGAGGUUCAUGUUGAAGGAUUCAAUUGAUCUGAGGAAGAAUAAGUGGCAGCAGAGGAGGAAAGUUGAUGGCCCUAAAAAAAUUGAGGAAGUACAUAGAGAUGCCGCUCAAGAACGACAACAGGUUAAUAGACUGGCUCGCAGUUCAAGCAUUAGUUCUUCUUCAAGAAGGGGACAGCCUUCAGAGUUUGGUCCUCGGGCAUCAAUUAUGUUUUCUCCUCCAACUACCCCGCAAGGUGCUUUCCGCGGAGGGCCACCACAACUUCGUGGAUUUGGUACUCAGGGUAUUCGAUUUGAGGACAGACACCCUUACGAGAAUAGGACUCUGUCGGUUCCCUUGUCACACAGGCCUGUUGAUGAUAAUGUGAUUACACUUGGUCCCCAAGGUGGUCUUGCCAGGGGAAUGUCUAUGAGAGGACCAGCCAUACUUUCAGGUGCUCCCCUGGCAGAUGUAUCUACAGGUCCUGGAGAAUCCAGAAGAAUUCGUGCUGGCCCAAAUGGGUACAGUUCUGCUACAGAGUGGAUGCCCAAUAACUCGAGGCAAGAACCAAUGACAAGAAAUGUCCAAGAGAGGUUCAUGCGAUCACCUGCUUAUUACCAUACAAAUUCUCAGGAACACGGUGUUUAUUAUGGGGACAGAGACCUAAACAAUGCAGAUCGUUCUUUUGAUAGAUCAAUGGCUGGUUCAGCUGCUACACAUGUGAAAUCUUCUGCUGCACCAGUUGUUUCUUCAGGAAAGGUAUGGCCUGAAGAACGUCUUAGAGACAUGUCCAUGGCAGCAAUUCGAGAAUUUUAUAGUGUAAGAGAUGAGAAAGAAGUUGCUUUAUGUAUUAGAGACUUGAACUCCCCAAGCUUCUAUCCAUCAAUGAUAUCUAUAUGGGUCAAUGACUCCUUAGAGAGGAAGGAUAGAGACAGGGAUCUUUUGGCCAGGCUUCUCGUUAAUCUUACAAAGUCUCGGGAUGGAAUGCUAACUUCCGUUCAACUCACGGAGGGGAUUGAAUUGGUUCUGGCUACUUUGGAGGAUACAGUAACUGAUGCACCAAAAGCAGCAGAAUUUCUUGGCUGUAUCAUUGCUAGAACUAUCAUCGAAAAAGUCAUUUCUUUGCGAGAGAUUGGACGACUAAUACAACAGGGAGGCGAGUACCCUGGUCGGCUUCUACAAAUUGGGCUUGGUUAUGAAGUUCUUCAAAGUGCAUUUCACACGAUACGGUCAGAUAAAGGAGAAUCAACCUUGAAUGAGAUCUGCACGAGUUCCAAUCUUCGGUUGGAAGAUUUUCGCCCCAUAAAUUGAAUGCUUAAACUUGAUCCGUAGAGGUAGAAAUUCAAGUAGGAGGAAAUAUUUCUUUUCUUCAUCAGGGUGGUAGUAGGUGUGGAUAAUUUUUUAGGUAUGUUUUUAAGGUUGUUCUUCUUAGUUAUACAGGCAUUGCUGAAGCUCGAUGACCUUUUUACUGUGUGGUAUUAUUGUACAUCCGGGUUCAAAUUGGUUAGAAAGAAAAAAAGGGGUUAUUUCUUUCCUGUUUGGCUUGCUUAACUAAUAGUUGAUGUGGUUUGAUGAAUACUGAAAGAUUUGUAUUAUAUUUCUUGUGGUGUUUUCAUUUUUGCAGAUAGUCUUACACUGAAAACUGGUAUCAAAGUUUCUAAUCUCUGAGUGGUGGUGUUAAAUUUGAUGGCAA